AUCUCUAUCAUUCAGAAAGAUGAGAGCGAACUCAGUACUGAGAGGGGCAUACAAGAAUAUUAUAGUGGAUAACCCUAUAAAGAGCGUACAAUUGGUCACUCUAGACCGUCCAAAAGCUCUCAACGCACUCAAUAAUGAACUCAUGGCUGAGUUUAACGAUAUCCUCAAUAAAGCACAAUCCGACGGUGAGAUUACAUCUGUCGUAUUAACAGGCUCAGACAAAGCAUUUGCAGCCGGUGCUGACAUCAAAGAGAUGAAGGAUAUUUCCUUUGUAGAAGCUUACAAGAGGGAUUUCCUCAGCUCCUGGAAUCUAAUACGCGAUUUCAGAAAGCCUAUCAUUGGUGCAGUCUCCGGAUACGCACUCGGUGGUGGUUUCGAAAUCGCUAUGGCUACAGACAUCCUUCUCGCUUCAGAAUCUGCAAAAUUCGGUCAACCGGAAAUUAAUCUGGGUAUUAUUCCCGGUGGAGGCGGCACUCAACGACUUAUCAGAGCUGUUGGUAAGGCAAAAGCGAUGGAAAUGAUCCUCACAGGACGCAUGAUAAAAGCACAAGAAGCUUAUGAUAGAGGUCUCAUCAGUCAGGUACUGCCAAACGAUCAACUCUUACCCGCUGCAUUGAAAAUUGCUGAAGAAAUUGCUACCAAGUCUUCUAUCAGCGUUCAAGCAGCUAAAGAGAGUAUCAACGCGGCGUAUGAAAUGCCUCUAAGCGAGGGUCUUAGGUUUGAGAGACGAUUAUUCCAUCAGCUUUUUGCCACUAACGAUCAGAAAGAAGGAAUGUCUGCCUUCAUCGAGAAACGCAAGCCAUCUUUCACCAACGAGUAAGAAACACCAGCACAAGAUGAAAGUUUACGUUACGACCACUAUAUGAAUCAGAAUGUAAGAUGACAAUGUAGAUUGAUGAUGUAAUGAUGUCCGAUAUCGGCUGUAUGUACGUCGACAGUUAAAUAGUGCCAAAGCGUCUCUCCUCUUUUCUUUUCAUCAUCGCCAAUCAAUCGAGAUAGACGUAAGAGCCUGUCUGAAUCGUCUAUUAACUUGCUAACAUUGCAGUAAAGCCAGAGGGCCGAACAAUUGAAUACACCGAUAAUUUGCCAAUAAUCACUUGAAGAGCAGCAGUUAAGAAAUCAUGACAAUAAAAUUCGAACUCUGGAGCUACCCACAGGGUCCUAACCCAUUCAAAAUACUUAAUUUCCUGGAAGAACUUGGUUUCGCGUACAGAGGUGACUAUAUCAUCCACAAUCUUGACUUUUCACAGCACCCACUGAAGGGUGUAAAGGGUGAAUUCUUCGAACGUGUCAAUCCUAAUGGAAGGGUGCCUGCCUUGGUCGAUCAUAUGAACGACCACUUCAUUAUCUGGGAGAGUGGUGCGAUCCUACAAUACUUGGCCAGAAGAUAUGCUCCAGAUCAAUAUUUGGGUAAGAACUUGAACGAGCAGAUGACUACAGUCCAGUGGGUUGAUUUCCAGAUAUCUGGACAGGGACCAUUCCAGGGCCAGGUUGUUUACUUCAAACACUUCUGGAAGAACGCAACGGGAGAGGAUGCACCACCUUCUGUUAUCAGGAGAUAUGAAAAUGAGUGCUACCGCGUCUUUGCUGUGCUUGAAAAACAAUUAAUUCGUCAAAAAGAGAAAGGAAACAACUUCAUUGUCCACGACAGGUAUACUAUUGCAGAUAUUUCGUUCCACGGAUGGCUCAGAUCAAUUGCAAAAGCUGAAUUAUCCUUCAAAGACUACCCACACGUCGCCGACUGGGUCAACCGUAUGGAAAAGCGACCAUCCACUCAACGAGCAGCAAUUUCGCUCGUUGCAGAAUAAACAUUUUUGUAAAGAGUAAAGUUAAGAAUGAUUUGAUGCUAGUAAGCUAAUUUUAGUUACUAUCUGCCAGCAUAUACAACAUAGCUGAUAUUAAAUGCUUGUCCUUUCCAAAGUGUAUAUAACUACGAAUAACGAAUUAAUUCCGCUUUUAUGGAGUAACAUUGAUCGAUAUCCGCCCAUUUUUUCCUUAUCUUCCACCGUCAUCGAAG